CUUCAAACGUUUUGUUUACUGUGCUGCUCUCAAGAUGUCCAUCAAAAGUGCUUCGCGCGCGCAUACCAUCUAGUUUUUAGCUAACAAUUUUUAAACAAUAGUUUUUGUAAUAAUAGUAAUGUACGUAUCUGUGGAUAAGGCCUCAAAAUGAACAACGCACCGUUUAGAGCCAAAUUCAACUGGGUGGCCAUUGAAGGCGAUGUGGCCCGCCAUGUAUCGUACAACAUCCAGGCAAAUGAAACGACCAAUCCAAUCCCACAAGAGAAGCUUCUAAACCCUGACGCCUGCAUAGUACUAGUACCAGACCCGAAAACGGAGUUCUGUGAGCAAACCAUCAGCGUCAAUCCCGUGUAUCAGAUUACAAAGCUAGCUCUUCUAGCCGAAUGUCGCAGGAUAGAGUCCUUCGUGGGCAAAGCCCCAGAAUACUAUCAAACGCACCAUGGCGAACUGGUGUUCGAUGACGGAACGGAGCUGUUUCGGUUUGAUAUCCAGUUUGAAGUGUGCGGAACCGCUGAGCUCAUCCUUAGAUACAUUACCCCUGCGAAAGGAUCACUUUGCCUGUACGGAACGCAUUUGAUACUCGAGAAAAACUCCAAUCCGCUGGGGAUGUUUGCCAGCGACAGCACGCUGAAUCGUGCCAUGAUUGAUCUGCGGGUGAAUGACUCCAAACUGUCGGAGAAGGCAGCCCGUUGCAAGCAGUUUGUGCUGGAUUCGAUGGCCCUGAAUGGUCUCAACGCACAGAAACUAUUCCAGAACAUGAUGAACUAUAACAUAGCCAAUUCGGCUUCCUCAGCUGGACCAACGACAAGUGCUGGGCGAGGCGGAUCUACACGACCAGCGCGAUGUCCGCCGGAAAACGACUGCGACGAAGCUUCUCCCUUAGGGACCAGUGGGUCCUCUUUCGGUGAAUUAGUAGCCAAGCAAUACAUGGACGCCAAAUUCACCGCAUUGGAAGCCAAAAUCGACGCCAAACUGGAAGCGCUCGAAUCUCGCCAGAACCAAAAGCUAGAUGAAAUUUUGACCCUGCUGAAAAGCAUUAGUACGAAAUGAAUGAAAUAAAAAGUUCCUUUAUGUUAGAUUUUAAAUAC